AUGAGCUGUUUCUGCAGCUUGGGCUCCCAGGAGUCGUGGUUCCAUGCGUUGGCAAAAUGCCUCGACGUCGUUCCAGCGUCUUUGCGCUCGAGCACCUGCCGGUGGGAGCGUGUUUGCAUCGAUCGAAAAAAAAGCAAACCAUGUCUCGAGCGUCGAGCGCCCCUGUGCCACGACCAUUUUGCAAGACGGGCCGACAGCACGAGCGGGCUUUCCUGUCGCCACGGGGCUCCCAGUCUGUGGUGCACGCAGUACCGAGACCCUGCGCCUUGCCUGUCGACAGUUCCGCUGCUAGCAGAACCUUCCCGGAGCCGGAAGGCCACUGUUGUCAAGGCCGCCUGGCAGCUGGAGAACGCGAUCCUGGGAAAGUCUGUCCCAGUUUAUCCGAAGGACAUCCAGGCUGCUCGCCUCGUGCACUAUGACUGCAUGCGCUUUAACAAAUGGUGCCUUGGCCUGCUUGUAGCGCUGGUGCUCCUCACCCUCUUCGAGGUGCCCGCGUGGUGCCACAAGACGCAGGACAAGGAUCACAUGUGGACAUGGUACCCCGGCAAUGAGAUAUGCAUACCUGCACACGGAGGCGAUCCGUUUCUUUCAGGUGUUUGGUAUUUGCCACCAGGCUAUGCUUUGAUCGUUGAGAUAUGUAUUGAGAUCAUCGUCCUUCGAAAGUUCAUGUGGGACUACGAAUUGGAAAUGAGCCACUUUGCCCCGGUGGGAGGGAACUUCUUGAACACGAACAUUAUCCUCUGGGGCUCUGCCCUGGCCCUUGGUAGUAUAGUUGAUACGGCCGCGUUCACUGUUUUUUCGGUGCCUAUACGAUUGACGUUCCUUUUCAGGACGGGCCUGCUGUUUCUUCUCCCAGGUGUCCAGUCACUUUUCUCUAGCAUCUUCAACCUGAAAGUUUUCACAGAGUUCAUGUCCAUCUCCGUGUUUCUUUGGGGUACCAUGCUGUUCUUUGCCUGGAUCUCCUUGACCAUUUUUGGAUCCUGCAACCAAGUCUCCUACGUGGAGGACGGUGAACCGGUCUUGGUGAACAAGGACUUGGACACACUCCCGAGCGCGUUCUAUGCCAUGUUCGUAGCAGCCGUGACCGGCGAAUAUGUGGACGUGUUUCUUCCAACGAUGACCGCAUUUCGCUCUGCUGGGCUUCUGUGGUUCGCUUUCCUGAUCUUAGCCAAGGUUCUUUUCGAGAGCCUCACUCUCGAUACCUUGGUCUCGGCAUACAUCAGGGGGGCCAAGGAGUCGAAGAACCACGUGAUGGAGACGCGUGCGGAAGGCACCCUCGCCGCCUUUGACACAUUGAGGUCGGUAGACGGUCCGGGUGCGGCCGAGCAGGGCGGCGAGGUCCUGUCAAAGGAGCUGUUCUUGGAGUUUGUCAAUGUGUUCAGCAGGUCUCCUGCGAUGCAGUUUGUGCCGAAGCAGUUCGCGAGCACCUUGUACGACGAGUUUGGCGGUGUAUCCAAGGACAACUUCUGCAAAGUCUCUCUCCUCUUGGAAAGCGACGUGCUGCUUUCGCAGGACUCGCUCGGGGGCAAAGGGCUGAAGCACUACGUGACGGAGCCCGAGGAAACGCCGGCGUUCGACAAGCUGAUGAACAGUGUUCUGCUCUUGAAUCUUGUGCCGGGCUCGGCACUGUCAGCCUACAACCUCAAUGACUGGGGCGACCCACCGGUCUGGACUGGAUAUGUGGAGCUGGUCUUCUCCUUCGUGUACUUGGGCGAGGUCGCGGUCAAGGUGACAGUGCGCACUUUCGAUGUGUACUGGCGCUCGGCGGCGAACCGUUUCGAUUUCUUCACGACCUUCCUGCUACUCUUCACGAGCGUUCUGCCGUAUUUGCCUCACAGCGUUAUGCCGAUUGAUCUGAAGCAGUAUGCCAACAUUCUGCGGCUGCUGCGACUUCUGCGUGUUGUGAAGCAGCUCAAGUCACUGCGCUCUGUUCAGUUCUUGGCCAAUGCCGUCUCCAAGAUGGUGUCUGCCGCAGGCAGCAUCCUUCUCAUGCUUGGCUGCGUGGUUUUCUUCUUCAUGACUCUGGGAGUCAAUCUGUUCGGAGGAGUGCUGUACAAGGGCAACCCAGCUCUCAAGCACACGGAGUACGAGGAGAAGCACUGGUUCGUUUUCAACUUCAACGAUGCUGUGAUGGCCUUUGCCCUCUUCUUCACGCAGCUUCUCUGCGAGUACGUUCCAACGAAUGCGGAGGCACUGGAGGCGGCAUCGGAGUGGGGUAACAUUGCUUGGCUGAUCUUCCCGAUCUUCUACUUUCUGGGAGUGGCCAUCAUGUUUGAGAUCCUUUUGGCCUUCACGGUCGAAGCCUAUAUCGAGUUGCGUGAGGCGCCCACGGAGAACGAAAAGGAAGAAGCGCCGAGUCUGCAAAAGAAGCCUCACAUCUACUUCUGCUUCUGGGACGAGGAAGAGGAAGACGAGGAAGAAGAGGGACAUGGAGGGCAUGCAGAUGAGGGUCACGGAGGAUCUGCCGAGCACGCCCCGCACGGCCCCGGGGGUCAUGCGGAGGAGCAUGGCGAAGGCAAGUCCAAGGACUUCGUGAUCGAUGACUUCUUCGAAGAGGUCCAAGAGAAGUUUGAGGAAAGAGACCUGCAAGUGCAUUAUGUCACAGAGGCCUAUGAGGAAGCCAUGGAGCAGAAGAGGAGUCAUGAUCAUCCGGCCGCUUGGCAGUUCGAAAACGCGAUCUUCCACACUGAGUGGGUGAGGUAUCCCGACGACUGCUCUGCUGCGCGACAACAGCACUUCAAAGUGAUGCAUGCCAACAAACUGUACUACAAGGCCAUUGUCGCCCUGGUGAUCCUCACAUUCUGCGAGGUGCCACCAUGGUGCCACGAGCGGUCGCCAACGCAGGACAUGUGGAGUUGGGUGCCUCCUGGAGAGUGGUGCCAUGUGCCAAAUGGGGGCAACCCGUAUUUGUCAAACAUUUGGUACAUCCCACCUGGCUUUGGGCUGCUCAUCGAGUUUGUGAUCGAGAUUAUCAUCCUCCGGAAGUUCCUGCUGAACCUAAACCUGGAUCAGCAACACUUCCGGGCGAUUGGCAUGCAGUACUUCGACCACAGUUUGGUCAUUGCGGGUCUUUUCCUUGCUGUCGGCAGCAUGAUCGAUACGCUAGUCUUCACCUUCGCUCGGAUGCCCAUCCGCUUCACCUGGAUCUUCAGGACUGGCCUCCUUUUUAUCCUGCCGGGUGUGCAACGAGUCUACACCCUGAUUUUCAACAAGCGGAUGAUUGGAGAGUUUGCGUCAGUUGCAGUCUUCUUUGUUGGCACUGUGCUGUUCUUCGCGUGGGUGACGGUCAUCAUCUUCAAGGAUUUGAACGAAACCGCCUACAUCGACGACGAGGAGGUAGUCCCUGCCAACAAGGGCCUGUCGACUGUGAGGGAGGCUACCUACUCCCUUUUCGUCGCUGGAAUUGGUGAAGGCUUCGUGAGCAACUUCCUCCCGUCCUUCUUCACCUACCGGCUGUCAGGUAUUUUCUGGCUGGUCUUCCUAGUUAUGGCCCAGAUUCUGCUGCUCAAUCUCGUUAUUGACGCCUUCGUGGCGGCUUACUUGAAAGGCUCAGAAGAGGAGCUGGACCGGAAAGCAUCGGCGCAGGCUCAGAGCAUGCAUGGCGCUUUCAAGACACUGUCUGCAGCCUCCAGCGACCACCAAGUGGUCCCCCACGAGGUCUUCAUAGAGUUCGUGGAAGAUCUAGGCAAAUCUCCACGCAUGUUCCCCGUCGAGCGUGCCACGGCGGAGUUGUUGCUCCAACACUUUGGCGAAGUCACCGAGGAGAAGUUCUUGGACGCUUGCCGCGUCUUUCAAAACCAAAUAUGGGCAACCCCGAAGGACUCGUGCAUGAAGCGGCGGCUUCCCCGGGCGUGGGAAGAGCAACGAUAUACUUGGCUGAGGAAUAUCGUCUGGGAGCCAAGGGAGCUUCCGACCUUCGACGUGUUCAUGAAUCAGGUGUUGCUGGCAAAUUUUGCACUCGUGAUUCUGCAGUCCGCAUACAACCUCAACGAUUGGGGGACCCCAGCUGCCUUCCGCAUCCUGGACCUCGUUUUCGCGUUUGCCUACGUCGGCGAGGUUGUCGUCAAGCUGUCGGUCAAGUCCUGGGCCGAGUACUGCAGCUUUUGGGCAAACAAGUUCGAUUUUUUCACGACCUGGCUGCUGCUCGCGACGACUCUGCUCCCGUAUUUGCCUUUUGCAACGGUGCAGGCAGACCUCAAGCAUUACGCAAACAUCCUCCGACUCCUCAGACUUAUCCGCGUGGUCAAGCAGCUGAAGCAGUUUCCGCGCGUGCAGUUCAUGGUGCGCACUGUCUCGCGAAUGGUGAAUGCAGCCGGUGACAUUCUCCAGCUGUUGGGCGUAUUGCUCUUCUUCUUCUCAGCUCUGAGCAUGAACCUCUGGGGCGGCGUGCUCUACGAAGGUCAGCCGGCGCUCAAGGAGCUUGAUUAUGGAAAGAAGCAUCUGUAUGUGUUCAAUUUCAACGACAUGUCCAUGGCGUUCACCACCUUCUUCGCGCAGCUUCUUAGUGAGUAUGUCCCAGAGAAUGCGGAUGCUUUGCAGGCAGCCUCAUCCUGGGGGAACAUCGCUUGGUAUGUCUUCCCGGCUUUCUACCUACUCGGUGUGGCAAUCAUCUUCGAGAUCACAAAGGCCUUCACGAUCGAGUACUACUUGGCAAUCAAGGAGGAAGCCGAGGACGAAGAGGAGAAAGAGGAGGAAGAGAAGCCCAGUCAAGUCCGCGAGGCUUGGGUAGCGCAAAUUCGGGUCAUGGACAAGUUGAUGUUGACCCUGGAGGAAAAGAAGUUAGAUCUUCACUACACCAUGAAGAACGACUCGUUCAAGUUCCAGCAUGAAAUCCAGAAGGCCUACGGCAAAUGCUUGGGGCCGAAGCCGCAGCCGAAUGGUCACCACCAUUGA